CACACGCAGACAAGAAGAGAAAACUUUCAACCACAUUCUACUUUUUAACUACAGCCGGAUUAGACAAGAAGCACAAUAAAGACAAAAUGAGGACGAUAAGUACUAUUAUGAUCAUUCUCGUCAUGACAGGUAUAGGCAUAAUAUCCACCCACAGUAAAAUCAGGCAGAAGAGAACAUGGAUCAUUGACUCAUUCACUAUAGAGGAAGAAAACCCUGGCCCUCACCCAUAUAUACUCGGCACUAUAAACGUGGAGCGAAGCUAUUUGGUAAUGUUCUUUCUCAAAGGGAGGGGUGUUGAUGAGGAACCUAAAGAUGUGUUGAGUAUCAACGUCAGAACUGGGGAACUUCUUGUGCAUAAGAAGGUCGACUAUGAGACCUAUCGAAAUCUCUCGUUCAGGUUUGAAGCAAGGGAUGAACGUCUCAAUCUGGACACAAGACUUGGAGUUGAGAUAAAGAUCUUGGAUAUUAAUGAUCACGCACCUGUUUUUAAAUAUCCUCACUAUGAACAAAAACUUGAGGAGUCCGCACCUCAAGGUGAACUGGUUACCACAGUCUCUGCUUCAGACGGUGACGACCCAACCACACCUAAUGGCACCUUCACAUUCACACUCGAAUCUGUCACCCCAAAAACGGAUAAUGUUGAAUUUUACAUCACUCAAAACAACACCACAGGAAAUAUUUAUUUCAAAGGCUGCUUGGACUACAAGAAAGCACAGAAAUAUACUCUCCUGAUCAAAGCCACAGAUAAAGGAGACAAAAAACAGCUGUCCAGCACGAGCACAUUGGUCCUGAACAUCACUGACAAAAACAAUCACCUCCCUGUAAUCAUUGGUCACACUGGUAAUGGAACGAUAAAAGAACGAGAGAGAGGAGUGGAAGUUCUGCGCUUGAAGGUUAGCGACCGCGACAGUCCAGGUUCACCAGCCUGGAAAGCUAAAUUUACUCUUCAUGAAGAUCCGGAAAACUAUUUUAAAAUCCAUACCGACCCCAACACUAAUGAUGGAAUCCUGACUGUUAUAAAGGCAAUGGAUUAUGAAGAGCAAACUUCAAGAAACGUGUCAAUUAGUGUGGAAAAUGAGGUGCCCUACUUCUUCUGUAAGGUGAAAACCCGUACAUUAUGGGGCUUAUGGGAUGUAGAGACUCUUCCCAAAGAGUCCAGCACAAGUGCGCUAUAUCCAGUCACCAUCACUGUUCAGGAUGUCAAUGACCCUCCAGAAUUUGUACCACCUGUUCAAGUCAGAAUGAUCAAGGAGAAUGCAAAAAUAGGAACCUUCUUGGGCAAACUCACAGUCAAAGACCCAGAUAAGACAUUUGGAAACUCAUUUCACUUUGUUAAAGGAGAAGAUAAAAAUAACUGGGUAGCUGUUGAUUCAGAAACUGGACAGGUUCUUGUGAACAAAGUUAUGGACAGAGAAUCACCUUUAGUGAACCAAAGUACCUAUACAGUUAUCAUGUAUGCUGUGACUAAAGCUCAGCCUCCACAGACCGGUACAGGGACGCUGCUCAUCCUCUUAGAAGAUGAGAAUGAUAAUGUACCACUGUUAAUAAAUAAUACAGUGAGUAUGUGUUUAUCAGAUGAGAAAACCAUGACUACCAUCACUGCUGAAGAUCCGGACCUUACACCACACACUGCACCAUUUCACUAUGAGCUACUGGAAGAUGACGAAAUGCAAGGAAAAUGGACGAUUGAACCAAAGGAUGGGAGGACUGCGUACCUAUUCAAAGAGAACACAGUCUAUGCAGGCCAUUACAAGAUUAGGAUCAAAAUAUCAGACAAUCAAGGCUAUGGUUCAGUCCAAAAACUGUCCAUCACUGUGUGUGACUGCACCAGCAAGUCUGGCACUAUGACUAAGUGUGACAACACUGUUCGCAAUUUCAAGGCCCAGCCAAGCCUUAGUGCCAUUGGGAUAAUGAGCUUUGCUUUCCUCCUUCUGCCAGUGGUACUCCUGAUGACUCUUUUAUUCUGCGAAAAGCGAAAUAAAUCCAUGAUACUGCCUGAUGAUGUUCCUGGGAAUCUCAUUAGAUCCAACACUGAGAUGCCUGGCACAGAUUGCAAGGUCCCACUUGAAAUGUGCCAAUCAGUCAUGAGCCAGAGCACUGUGAAGAUGUCCAAUGGAUUUUCCAAACAACAUUCAAUGCUUCAUAAUGAUUUCCAGGGAAGUUCUGCAACAUCUAUUGAAAAUCAAAUGCUUGGAAAAUCCCUCUGCAGGAAAUCAAUGAGCAAAAACUGUGUUACUUACUACAUACAUGACGAUAAUUUUAAGAAAGUCCUGUCAGAUCGACUUGAUCAGAUGCUCCUCCAGCUCCACACUCCAGAACGGGUGCUCAGCGAUUACAAGCCACACUGCUAUGCGUAUGAAGGAGAACCCGAUGAAAACCGUGACGAAAACCUUGACACCCUCUACAUUCCUGAGAUUGAUUUUCAUCCGGACAUCCUCUCAAAUCUAGAUUCACGCUUUACCAACCUGGCAGCUGUGUGCAGGCUUCAUGUAAUGUCAAAAAAAUUAGGCUAACGUGUGUCUACGUGUGAAUUUUAUGAAUUUGGAAUCAGUGGAACAAUUCAAACUUACACAAGGACUUUCUAACAGACUCAUGCAAUAAAACAUUGUGAACUCUUA